AUGUGGAUUCUUGAUUCGAGCGGCGACUUUCUGGAUGGGAAGCGCGUAUGGCUGCGCCCCGGAAAGAAAUACUUAUUCGGUCGAUUCCAACGAGAUGGAGUCCGCCAUGCCGUCAAUCAUAAUUCUAUCUCUCGAAAGCAUAUGACCAUCGAGAUCGCCGCUGUCAAGCCGAAGGAUGGAUUGUCACCACGAGCACGAUCCGAUAUCACCAUAACCGACCUACAGUCCAAGAAGGGAACAAUUGUCGAUGACAAGAGAAUCGAAGGCGAAGUCAAGUUGGAAAAGGCCGAUGAGCAUGUCAUUCAAUUGGCCAAAUACCAGCACACGCUACGUAUCAAAUGGGAGCCAGUGGUUUUCAGCUUCUCAUUCUCUUCGAAAGAGAUGCGAGCGAGUGACCCUCUAGGCCAUAUUCGGUCACGCUUAGAGGACCUUGAUAUCAAGACCAUCAUCGAUUACCUCGUUGACCACACCACUCAUGUGGUUCAAAGUAAACGGAACACAGCCAAGGGCCUUCAGGCGCUCGUGAAUGGCAAGUAUAUUGUGAAUGAUUCAUACAUUGAUGCUGUCGUUUACGCCGCUACUCCCGGUGAUCUCGAGAACCUGGAGUCUCUAUGUCCUCUCGAAAUCGACUUCGAAUCGUCUUGGCCUGAUCCAAAUGAACACCUGCCACCCGCCGGCAAGGAGCCUGUCAACAGACCCGCCUCCGCUUUCGCUCCGAAUCCCGCACGCCUGACUGUUUUCGAGGGUUAUACAUUCAUUUUCGGUGAUCGAUCACAGUUUGACAAUCUGCAGGCGCCAAUCAACAAUGGUCAGGGCAAAGCUCUUCUAUACCAGGUAGAAACUGGAAAUACAACGGCAGCGGAAAUUGUACAGUUUAUGAGAAAGUCAGCACGAGGGAUUGGCGUGGGUAGUGAGCGUCGAGGCUCCGGUGGUGUUGUUCUCGUUCGUUUCCGAUCACCAGGCGAGCAUGAGCCAUGGUCCAUUGAACUUGGAAACGAGGUGGCUUUGAUGACCGAUCAACGUGUUAUUGAGCAACGAGAAUUCCUUGAUGCUAUCCUCAGUACUGAUGCCUCACCCCUUUGCCGUUCAUUGCCUACAGAGGAAGCUUCCAGUCCGAUCUCUCCGCCUGCUCCAGAGGUCGAAUUGCCAAGUGAGCAAUUGGUAGCUAGUACUUCGUCAGUCUCACCACCUGAGCCUGUACUUAGUCAACCUAGUCAACCCAGUCAACCAUCGCGAUCUCGGGGCAGAACUCCUCGCGUGCGUCCUUAUGUCAGCAAAAUGAAGACAUUUGAUGAUGGCUUUGACAUGGAGUCAAUCCCAAUGUAUGCGCCGGAGGAAGAGGACGAUCCCCGCACUCAAGUCAUGGAAAUGGACACUCAAGAACAACCGGAACAGCCAACUCAGCUCUUGGAUGUGGUCAAGGAAGAAACCGAAGAAGACGUGGUCUCUGAUCUUCUUCCUGGAGCCCGCGCGAUGAAGCGUCGUCGUGCGGAGAUGACUCCCAAUCGGACGGAGGAGCAAACACCUGUUGAAAUGGAAGCGCCCAAACGGAAGCGCCCCAAGCUCGAUGUCCUAGAAGCCGCCCGGAAGCACCUUGAAGAGGAGCAACAGCGUAAAAAGGAAGAAGAGGAUUCACGCCCAGCUGACAUGGGCGACGUCGAUGUCGACCAGUUGAAAAACCUCGCGAUCGUCGAAGAGAUGGACCUUCCUGUCCGAACCGCACCCACACGAGUAGAAGAGACAUCUGACCGCUGGGAAGCACAAUGGAACGGACGCAAAAAUUUCAAGAAGUUCCGGCGAAAGGGCGAGUCCCGUAGUCGCACCGUGCAGACGGUGAUCGUUCCCCUUGAAGAAAUGACGCGUAAAGAGUUCGGAAUCGGCGAGCACUACUGGAGCCGUGCCUCUGAACCAAGAGCCCAGCCAGAUCGUUCUGGUGAGACUCCGGCCGCUGAGCUAUUAGCCCCUGUUCAUGCAUCGCCUGAAGCGACUCCCGAUCCCACUCCAGUUUCAGUUUCUCGGAAGCGCGUUCGGGACGAGCGAGACUCGGACAGUGAUGAUGGACUUCGAUUUCGGUUCCGGCGCAAGCGAUAG